AUGUCGCAACGUGCGGCCCGCGUAGGUAAAUUUAAAAGUGCUUGUGCAAAGCGCCGUGUGGCCGAGUCGGACAAAGAGCGUCAGGAGACGGGACGUGGAGCGAAGGGCGAAAAUGGCUCUCGAGUGAAAUUGCUCGAACACGGUACUCUCCCCCUCUCCCUCUCUUUCCCAACAAACAUGGCACGAUCCCGAUCACGAGCAGGCGCAGAAGAGACGGUGACUGACUUGCAUCGUCAUGGGCCAGGUGGUGAAACGCACAACAGGUUGAAGCCAAAAAUUUUGCUCGACCAAGCCUCCAAAGGCAUCUGUCUAGCAGUUAACGGACAUGUGGAAAUGGUCGAGGGCGUGAGGUUUACGUACAAACAUCCACUUUUGCAGGGCGCACCGACGGGACUCGGGGCUUCUAGAUUUUUUAAACACACAGCGACAUGGGCAGACGGGGCAUCCGACGGGCAACCGGGCGCCACGGAAAAGAGCGAACAGGCUCGUGUGGCUGCUGUGCACAUGAGCCAGUAA